AAACACAGGAAAUCAGGAAACCAUUAUCGAUACGAAUCGGAAGCCAAUAUUGAUACGAAUCGGGAAGGCGGUGCGAAUGAGUAAAAUUUUUUUUUUUCCAGGUUGCAGUGCUGUCAGUGUCGUGAUGUUUGAUGAUGUGAUAUUUAAAUAAUAACAAACUUGUUAGCUGUUAUCUCGUUACAUUCAUAAACAUUUUGUGAGAAAUGUGUUAGAAAGGCGCUUUAUAUAUCAAGCAGACUAAUAAAUAAAUGGAUCAAUUCUGACAGUUUUGUUACAAAACUCAAGAUGGUUUGAAAAUUGUUUUCUCCAUGAACAGCUCCUGUUGGUUGUUUUCUGCGUGCGUGUGUGUCUAGGGACGUUGCCCACUGAGACGUCUGUGUCAAAAGUCGAGACAAUAAACGCGUUGUGUGUGAAUUCCAGGCUGGAAGGUCGGACGCUGCUGAAGUGAAUCAUCAUCUGAAACAGAGCUCCUGUGUUUGGCCAUUUUGUAAUUUUACACUGCUUUCCUUCCUGCAGUGGCGAGAACCAGUAACGUUGGUAAUGAAGCUACUGAUGGUUGCAAUUCGUCCGGAACUGAAGGGGGCAGCAAAUACAUGCAAGUGUUUUAGUCGGUCCACAGGUGGUGGUGAAGAGGAAGAACAACUACAAGCACACAGGAAAAACUACAGAAGACGGCAACAAUUUUAGCUCUGCCCGACUUGUUGAGAGGAAAGGAAGCGUUGGUUGCCGGUGUGCAACCGAUGCUAUCGUUCAUUUCAAACAAAGACGUGUUUGAGCAGAAGGAGUCUCCUGCGUCUAUGUUCCAGCCGGAGGACGAGGGGUUCUCGUGGCCCGGGCCGAAGACGGUGCGUUUACGGCGUACAGCGCUGGGCUUCGGCUUCACCCUGCGCCACUUCAUCGUGUACCCGCCCGAAUCUGCCGUACAUUCCACUUACAAGGAUGAGGACGGAGAUCAUCGAGGACGAAGCCGGAGCAGACUGGAGCCCAUGGACACCAUCUUUGUGAAGCAGGUUAAAGAGGGUGGGCCUGCACACGGAGCCGGUCUCUGCACAGGAGACCGCAUCGUGAAGGUGAAUGGAGAGAGCAUCAUUGGGAAAACGUACUCUCAGGUCAUCGCAGUGAUCCAGAACAGUGACACCUUUCUGGAACUUAGCGUGAUGCCCAAGGAUGAGGACAUACUACAGCUGCUUUCACGGGAGAUCGCUCGUGUGGCGUACUCGCAGGAUGCCUACCUUAAAAGUCAUCACGCUUACAGCGGAAACGCUCGCCACAUCCCGAAGCCGCCUCCCAUAUGCUACCCACGAGUAGACUGUAAACCCCUUGGGAUGGCCGAGGCGACGGAAAUCACAGCCUCGGGGGGGCUGCAGUCUGAUUUGGGAUACCGCGUGGAGAUACCUGUACCCCCUUCGCCUCCACCUAGGAUCCCGAAGACUCAAACGGCGGUGUGCGUAUGCAAUGAAAGUGUCCGGACAGUGGUGGUGCCGGCGGACGUCCACAUGAGUCACGUGGUUCCUGGAGAGUACAGUCACACGGGUCCCGAUCCGAUGCUGAUGAGAACAAGGUCAUAUGUUCACCCGUGCAAGCCUGACCUGUAUUCUCCAGGUUACCAUGGAGAUUCGUUCGCCGUUCCACCGCCUCGUUAUCAUCCGUCUUCUUCCAGCGCGUCUUCGGCUUCCCAUCAGAACAUCGACUGGCGGACGUAUCAGACUUAUAGGGAAUACAUCGACCACAAAGGCCUCCACACAUACAGUCGGACGAUUCAGGAGCGCCUGGACAGUUUGCGUGCUGCCGCUUCCCAGACCUCUUCAAACUUUGCGCAAAAAGCCACUUGGGGCAAUAAAAUCCGACGCAGGAGUAUGUCGCAUGACCGGUCGUUUCAAGGACCCCCUAUGCUUCCGCCUCGCAGUGCCUCCCAGGAUCGGAUGACUGGGGCUGAAAGAAUGUCACGAGCGCAAGACUGGCCUCCUCGGAGCGUCUCGUCAGAUGGGAUCAUCCGGAACGCUCGUUUCCAUUCCACGGACUACGUCGAGCAUGGCGAAAUGGCUCUUUGGCCUGUCGAUCUGAGAGGUUAUGGCAGGACCGAGCAAGGACCUCGUCCCAAUCGGCAACCCGUUCCCCAGAGACCGGUGAUCUAUCCGCAUUCCUACGGAAACAACGUCCGGGGCAGAUCCGGUCCACAUCAGCUGAGCUGUAGAACGGACAUCCCGCCUCCUGCAGUUUCUUCUGACAGGAUCUCGCGCGUCGGCAAAAACCAGCCCAAAGAGGCGCAGCUGUGUAAAGACCAAAGACUGUUAAGUAAUCAUGUGGCAGUUUCAGUGGCUAGCCUACAGUCUAGGACUCGUGCUGAGACUAUGCAAAGUCCAGAGCCAGUCAAAGAAUCCUCUUCGAGUCAAAGGUCAACCUCUUGCUCGGUGCCUACACCUCAGAGGCAGUCGCAACCCGGAGCCCCGGGGCAGAGGGUCCACCCGCGGGACCUCAAGGGAUUACCGGUGAACGGGUGCAGUCCAGUGGAAGGUGUAGUGAUGCGAGAAAAACCCACUGGAGGUAAAAGCACACCGCUGCGCCAUCCUUCCUACAUCCAGGCGCAGGAGCAUCAGGACUCCCUGUUCGGCUCUGCUAACUUGAACGAAUCGCUCGACUCCAUCCCCUUCAUCGAUGAGCCAGCAAGUCCGAGUUUGGACCAGGAGGCCAGUCACAUCUCAGCAUUGGCUGUGAUGUCCACGGCUCAGAGCGCAGAGGCCGACUCACCCAGCUCCCACACACCCAGCCCUCAGAUGCGCAGACAGCUGUCUCACGACCAGGAAUCGCUCAGAAGUGCUAUUCUGGAACAAAGUGGAACCAAAACGGAACGCUCCAAAUCAUAUGAUGAAGGUUUAGACACGUACAGGGAGGAAGGGCGACGGCGUUCCAGUAAGCCCAGUCUGAAGGUGUUCAGGAAGGUUCUCGAUGGACAUAAAUUGUCAGACGACUCCAGUUCCAGGAGAGACUCCAGCUCGGACAUCUUCACCGAUUACUUUAAGGAGGGCUGGCUGCAUUUCCGACAGCUCAACACGGAUAAGAGCAAACGUGUGGGUGGAGGAAUGCGGGUGUGGAAGCAGAUGUACGCAGUGUUGCGAGGCCACUCCGUCUUCCUCUAUAAGGACAGGAAGGAGGCUCACUUGCACUCGCAGCUCGACGACGAGCCGCAGCAGGUGAGCAUCAAAGCCUGCCUGAUCGACAUCUCCUACAGCGACACCAAGCGCAAAAACGUCUUCCGGCUCACCACGUCCGACUGCGAGUACCUGUUCCAGGCCGAGAGUCGCGACGACAUGCUGUCCUGGAUACGAGCCAUUCAGGAGAACAGCAAUGACGAGAACGCCGGUGUGACGAGCACUGACCUGAUCAGCAGGAAGAUCAAAGAGUACAUCUCUAUGAGUGCUCCUACGAGUAAGACUGAACCUUCACCCAAAGCCUUGCGACAGUCUCUGAGCAUCAAACACACACUGCUGGGGGUCACGGCGGGGAAGAGUCAGAGCACACACUCUCCCAGGAACGAGCAAGACAGGAGCAGCAAAGAUGACUCGAGUCCACCGCGGGACAAAGCUGCCUGGAAGAGAGGGAUCCCGGGGCUGAAGAAAAAGCAGCAGGAGAAGAAGCCCACAGUGGGCGUGAUGUUUGGAGUGCGACUGGACAACUGUCCUCCUGCACACAACAACAGGUUUGUGCCUCUGAUAGUGGAGGUGUGCUGUAAGCUGGUGGAGGAGAGGGGGUUGGAGUACACAGGGAUCUACAGAGUCCCCGGGAACAACGCAGCCAUCUCCAGCAUGCAGGAAGAGCUGGACACUAAGGGCCUGACCGACAUCGACCUCCACGACGACAAAUGGCGGGAUCUAAACGUCAUCUCCAGUUUACUCAAGUCGUUCUUCAGGAAGCUCCCAGACCCUUUGUUUACUAACGAGAAGUAUUCUGAUUUUAUCGAAGCUAAUCGAACGGAGGAUGGUGUGGAGCGAUUAAAAACGCUGAAGAGACUGAUCCAUGAGCUUCCUGAGCAUCAUUAUGAAACCCUGAAGUUCCUGUCUGGCCAUCUGAAGACUGUCUCUGAGAAUUGUGAGAAAAACAAGAUGGAGCCACGUAACCUGGCCAUCGUGUUUGGCCCGACGCUAGUCAGAAGCUCGGAGGACAACAUGACCCAUAUGGUCACUCACAUGCCUGAUCAGUACAAGAUCGUGGAGACGCUCAUUCAGCAGUACGACUGGUUCUUCUCAGAAGAUGGAGAUGAGGAACCUGUAACAUCAGUGGAGCAGGAGAGUACGGUUCAGUCUCAGCCUGUUCCCAACAUUGAUCACCUGCUGACCAACAUCGGCCGCACGGCUCCCUCACCUGGAGACGUCUCAGAUUCAGCCACCAGUGACUCUGCCAAAUCAAAGCAGGGCUCCCUUGGCUCGGGUAAAGACCAGUACAGCAGAGAGCUGCUGCGCUCGUCCAUCUUCGCCAGCCGCAAGCGCAAAAAACCCAAAGACAAACCUCAGAUGAGCAGCUCAGAGGACGACCUGGACGCCAGCUUCUCCAAGAAAGAGCUUCAGGAUGAGAGCGAGCCGAAGAACGAGCGCAACGAGGAGGUCAAGAGUAAGGCAGGAGUGUGUGUGCGCGAUCGUGUAGAAAAGCCUGACGAUGACAGCCAGAGAUCGGAAAAGAGCAUCGUCAAUGUCCCGACCGAAUUCAAAUCCGACAUCCUUCCUCUGAAACCGGCGCAGUCCGAUAAAUCCGGCGAGUCUCCGAAAAAACACAGAGCGCACAGAGAAAGAGAAUUGGUGCGGCAAAAUUCACUCUCGGAUCCUCCCUCGACCUCAUACGAUGAGGGCUGCGUUUCGGAUUUGGGAACGCUGAACAGCACCAGCUCUCAGGCGUCCGGACCCAGGAUCCGGCAGGGCAGAAUUCCAGGUCCCUGGAUGGAGAGCGCAGGGGCGGAGGUGUGCUCCAUCACGUCAGAUUACUCCACCACGUCGUCCAUGACAUUCCUGAUGGGUAUAGAGUCUACCGCGCUGAGUCCGGCUCACGACGCCGAUGACGAGAGGAGUGAGCUCAUCAGCGAAGGCAGGAACAUCGAUUCGGACAGCGAGAGCAACUUAUCCGUGUUCGCGCUCGCCAGAGACGACAGCAGGUCUGAAGACGUUUCAUCUGUGCGAGAAGAAGGCGGAGUCACGCCUUUUCAGAAUUCCCCAGGCCUCCUGGUGUCGCAGCGCAUCGUCGCAGGCGACACGUUAGCACGGAAGAGAGGAAGCCGGCAAAAAACGGACAGCGAGUCAUCGACGGAUGGCAUGCGCAGCGAUAAAGAGUCGAGGACUUCCAAAAUGCUGGAUGUCGUCAAGGGGAAAAAUGGUGAAAACGAACCCAUCUGGCGAAUCAAAAUCACCGACCGCCUCAAGUGUCGACUCCGUGCCUCCGCCGACGACAUGUUCGGCGUCGGAUCGCAGCGCACCAGAUCUCCAGAAACGCGCAGCAAACGCAAGACCAACAUACGUCGCCGCCACACCAUGGGCGGACAGAGAGACUUCGCGGAGCUGUCAGUCAUCACCGGGGCCGAGCUCUCCGCCAUGGAUCGCUUAAAACCCAAAUGCAGCUCGCAGGACUUUUCUAUCGCCGACUGGAUUGUCAGGGAGCGCCACCGCACCAGCAACCCGGAAGUCAGCCUGGAAAACUCGGACCUGUUCUCCGCUGGGGCCUCGGGGUCCAGUUCGGGAAUGUUAAAUGGAGACGCGGCGGUGGCGGCUCAGCUCAAAAGCUUCAGCUUGGCCUCUGACGCUCAUCCACACAAACUGUCUGGGGCGCAGGUGGUGCGCUCGCGUUUUUAUCAAUACCUGUGAACGGAUGAAUAGAAUUCUGAUACAGACUGAAGCGUAUGUGUGUGUGAGAGAGAGAGAGAGAGAGAGAGAGUGUGAGUGAGUGUAAGGUACUUAAAACGACGAGUUAUUUUUUUAUAUGAGGUUAAAAAAAAAAAACGAAGAAGGACGGUACUGAUGCCGGUUUCUGACAGUCAGGAGGAGGAGGAAAAGGAAGGAGGUGAUGGCGGAUAACGUUUCUCUCCUCUUUCUGACUCCCAGAAUCUGUUUUUAAUCAUUUCCUCCCUCUAAAAAAUUAAUUCUGAUCUGACUCGAGGUCUCAGAGUGAAGAGAAACCUCUCUCUGGUGCGCGCGGAUAGACCUGACGGAGCCCUGGGGUAACUGGACCUUUUAAUGAUUCCACUGGAACGAAGCUGUGAGGUCAGGUGUGGUGGUGAUGAUGAUGAUGAUGAUGAUGAUGAUGAUAAUUCGGGGUGGGGAUGUGGGAAGGUAAACAGGUGGCGCUGUAUUCUCAGAUGACGUGGGCAUGAAUGUGAAAAGUUUUCAAGACGACUUGGGAAGUGUAAGAAGGUCUCAACUCAACCAAAAUGAAGAAUGUAUCUAAUCUGCUUGCUGUAACGCUUCAUUUGCGCUAUUUCUCUUUUUUUUUUUUAAAUUUGUACAUAGCCCCUUUGUUUUAAUGUACUUGAAAUGAUUUUUUUUCUCCUUUGUUUGAACUUCUAUGUGUAGUGUAAUGAUAAAAAAAAAAAAAAAAAAAGUAUAUAAUUAAGGCCUCUCUGGUGCAGCCGCUUAUCUAAUUCUGUCAUACGACCAUCAAAAAAAAAAAAAGAAGAAACUAUUUAAAGAAGAAAAAUUUGUGAUAAAAUGUAGGCACUAUUUUCUGUAAGUAAUCUCUAUCCGCUGUACGUGCGCGCGAUUCGAACAAUUUUUAAAAAACGCUUCCCUGCACCGAGAAACAAAUCAUCAUAAAUCCUUUUACUCCGAACUCACUCGCUUGUAAUGGAUGAUGAAGCGUAAGGGCUUGAGAUGUCGAUGUUGAAGUGGUCAGUAAACGUUUAAAAUGUGCGAUGAUUCGUAGCAGCGGGCGACGAAGGAAAUCUGCUGUUACGUAGUUUUAUCACCGCGGUGAAAAGUAGUUCCGGUUGCUUUUACGCCUUCCUGAAGGUUUUGCGGUAUUAAUACGCCAUCGCGAGCGACAGACUGAACGGUAGUUGCUCGUUUUCUACGUAUGUGUUUUGAGAUUUUCGCACUUCUACGCAAAUAAGUAUGACGUUCCGUCAGCAAGGAAAAAGUAGCGCGUGUGUGUGUGUGUGUGUGUGUGUGUGUGUAUACAACGUGUCUUUUAAUUGUGUGUAGAGACGUUAUGAAGAACGAUAAAGUUUUAAAGGAAGUAGCGGUGGUCGUUGGCACGCUCUGGUGAGUGCAUGUAUGUAGCUAGUACAGCUUGCUUGGCUUUUCAGAUCCAAUCCGAGAAAGGAGUUCGUACGAAGCCGAGCACGCAACGCAAACCGAACAACAGGUUCACACUUGUUAGCGCAUUAUUUAAUUUGCAUAUAACCAGCUAGCUUUAAUAUACAGGUGCUACAAUUUCUCGUUCAAGCUUGGAAAAACUGGACAGGCCACGUCUACAGGAAGUGACAAACUAUAAGUGAUGUUUUUGUACAGAUUUAAAGCUGGAUAUUUAAUGAAAGCGUUCCUACGAAAACGUGUUUUGCAUAAUCGUCUUUUAUUUUUUGUACGAGUUUGGAGUAAAACGGAUCUUCGGUUCGUUUCUCGUUGCAGGGAAAAGUGACGUGAUGAGACAAAGUAACAAACACUAAACAUACAAAACAUGGGCGUGUUUCUCUGAAACAGAACACGCACCUUCUCUUUAUUUUCUUGCAUUCCACUUUGGUCUUAACGUUUUUUGGGGGGGUUUUUUAAGAGAGAUCAUUUGUUUCAAUGUUUUAGGUUUGUGUAAAAUAAUUUAAGUGUAAGUACGGCAGCGGCGCAUCUCUCCCUCACGUCAUUCGCCAGUUCUAUAAGUGUCGUGUAGAUAGCUGGACCGAGGGACCGAACUGUACCAUGUGCAUCAUCUCCAGGGGAGUGUGUGUGUGUGUGUGUGUGUGUGUGUGUGUGUGUGAGAGAGAGAGACAGUAAGAGAGGUCUUGUUUUUCAAUCAUGUCCCGUCUGCUACAAACGUGGACAAAUGAAACACUGGAAAAAACUAAACAAAUAAAAGCCGCUUUGUGUCUGACCAGGA